AUGCAAGCCCAUGCCACUGAGGAAUACAUAACAGAGUGCUCUGUGGGUUCAGCAGGCUCUGGUGUAGACGCGGAACUGUUGAGCAACUACGCCAAGAAUAUGGUGACCAGCACAUUGGAGCGCCAAAUGGACAUACGUACUGCCACUGCGGACGCCUUCGAUGAGAAGAAAAUAAAGUUUAUUUUGAAUGAGUUGAUUCAAACAGAAAAGGCCUACGUGCGAGACCUACAGGAAUGCAUUGACAUUUACAUGAGGGAGAUGUUGUCCAAGGAGGACGAGAUCCCUCCAGGAAUCGUCGAUGUGAAGCACAUCAUAUUUGGGAACAUUUUGGAGGUGUAUGAAUUCCAUCACAGCAUCUUUCUCAAAGAGCUGGAAAAAUAUGAACACGUCCCUGAAGUGCUUUGUCACAUGGGUAUGUAUAUCGUUUCCUCGAAAAUUCAGCAGAAGCACGGACUUUUAUACUCUGUCAACUCUUACCUGCUUAAGCCAGUGCAGAGAAUUACAAAAUAUCCACUCCUGCUCAAGGAUCUGCUGAAAUGUUGUGAGGAAGGGAAAGACGAGCUCAAGAAAGCCUUAGACGUGACUCUUAGCAUUCCCAAGAGAGCCAACAAUGCCAUACAUCUCUCUGUGCUGGAAGGUUUUGAUGACAGCAUUGAGUCCCAAGUAGAGCUGCUCCUACAGGACUGCUUCAAGGUGUGGGACUCAAAGAUCCCAUUUAAGAUGGGGAAACAUAGACAACUCUUCCUCUUGAAGAAGUCCUUGGUGCUGUGCAAGGUAGUCAAGGACGACAAGGGGAAGAGCAGGUACUUGUAUAAGAGAAAACUCAAUAUAGCGGAGAUAAAGCUGAAAGAGCACCUGAAGGGAGACCCACGCAAGUUUGCAUUUUCCUUGGGCCGAACCUGGACAUCGAGCAACAUUGUUCUGAAGGCGUUUACUCGUGAGACCAAGAUGGAAUGGAUCGAACAAAUCCGGAAGCUAAUCCAGGAGCACACCAUCCACCUGGGGGUGGCACUCAAGGAGCCAAGGCUUAUCCCCAAAACUAAUGCAGACAAGCUCCACAAGAGUCGGAGGAAUGAAAAACAUCAUGAAGGUGAAAGCAGUGAAAUAGAGUGGCCAGUCGCAAAAAUUGAGCCCUGCUGCAUUGGAGGACCCUGGCUAUUACCCGGAUCAAAGGAAAGAGGGGUUCUUGAAGUAUGAAACGCAAAUAGUAUGACAUUCAAAUAGGGACUUACAUAAACUUGACAAGAUUCUGUAAAAAGACACCAAAGAAAACAGAUUUGGACGAUUCAAAAAGUCAAGUUUUAGAUAAUAUAUGUAUAUACUGUAUAUAAUUUGUGUUAUUUUGCUUACUUUUUCAAAAAAAUAUUUCUUGUAUAUAGUUGGAUAAAAAAUGUAUUUUACAAAAUAAAAUGUCAUUGUUUUCUGCACUGAAUGCGCUUUUCCUUGUUUAAAAAUACUGUAAUUCAAAUACAAGUGUUUGUGGGGGCAUGAAUUGGUAGAAGAAAUUAAGAUUUGGAACUUCAGGUUUUUCUUCUAAUGCUUUUGAUGCAUUUAACACAAUUGCAUUUAAUAUCACUUCUCAAAAAUACGUAACAUAUCACCACCCUUAAGAUUUAAAAAUGUCCAAAUACAGACCUUUGAGCAAUUUAAUGGGAAUUCAUCAUCACGGUAAAAUGUUGUUCUUUCCUACACUUUUAAGGGCUAUACAAGAGGUUGUGAGAUGCGAAUUUGGGUGUACCAUAUGUGAUGUGUUCUGUUCAGAUAAGUGCUUUCAAAUCAGUUUCCAAAACUGUGUCAAUGUUUAC